CAGGAGGUGUCAGGCUCUCAGAGUCCGGCUGCCAGAUGCUCCGUCCCUGCGCCUCAGAGCUGCUGAGCAUCCAUCUCCCAUGGUUGUGCUCAGAGUUGCUCUCAGCGCACGAUGCGGCUUAUCAGCGUCUCAACUUUGCUCCUGUUCUUCUCCAGCUCAGGGCUGGCUCUGCAGAUUCAGUGCUACCAGUGUGAGGAGAUGACACAUGACUGCUCCACCCCAGAAUUCAUCGUCAACUGCACCGUGAAUGUGCAGGACAUGUGCCAGAAGGAGGUUCUGGUGAAGGAUGAUGGGAUUCACUACCGCAAGUCCUGCGCCUCAUCUGGAGCUUGUCUGAUUGCUUCCUCUGGCUACCAGCAGUUUUGUACCAGCAAGCUCAACUCGGUGUGCAUCACCUGCUGUAACACGCCGCUGUGUAAUGGACCACGCCAGAAGAGGCGACCCCAACCGUCCGCUGCCAUCACUCUGACCACGCCACUGCUCCCUGUAUUUUCUGUCUACAUCCUCCUACUGUCCCUCACCCUCUGCUGACAGACCUUCACAUGGGGCAUGAACAAACAAAGUUCUGCUGCUGACAAUACAGAAGACAUGAACCAGAACUGUUUCAGCUGAGAUGUACACUUUGAAAUGUAUAUUCUAUGAGGCAUGUUGAAGCUUUGUACAGUAUUUGUGUUCUUUCUUUCCCUGCUUUUUGUUUCGCGGCUUGCCUUCAGAGUUCCAACACCACACAGCACUGGAAAUUUCUAUCGUCACGCUCACAGCUUACAAGUGGAGUUGGGUAAAGUGAGGAGGAAAAGCACAGUGAUGUGGAUCCAAGGGCCUGGAGCUAUUUAUCAGACAGCAGGUGGCUUAUGCACAUUUGUCUUUUUUACACUGCAAGGUCAAAUAAGAUCUAUUGCAGGAAAGAUAAGUAAGUUAAGCUUCAUCACUCAUUCUCCACUCGAUCUCCAGAUUAAAUAACUCCAUGAUUUAUUCUAUAUGAUAACCAUUAACAAUCACCAAGUUUGCAGCAUAUGUAUGAAUAUGAGUAUGCUAUGUGCAGCCAUGAUAUUAUUAAAUGAUUUGCAGGAAUCUGAAGUCAUGACAAAAUGGUAUUUGAUAGAUAAUGAUGUAUAUGCCUGUGAAUAUAGCACCUCACGGAACCAGCAUAUUUUCAUGACAAAUUCAUACUGUAACAGUCGGUAACAUCAGUGAAAGCCAUUAAAAAGUUCUGUUGCAUUUUGAAACUUCUCUCUGCUGGUUCUGAAACAACAAUAACGUUCUGCUCACACAUAGAGCUGUACAUAGAGCUACAAGGGCAUGCUGAAAUACAGAAAUCUUUUUCAAACUAACAACAUGUUAUGGCAUCACUUCUCAUUUCUGAAAUUACAAGUAUGCUUAGAGGUGGCACAACAGCAAUGAAUUUGUCAAGGGACAUCUGGAAUGGCUGUCAGUGACUGUCCAGGAUAACGGACGACACCAACUCCUGGAGUCACUUUAGAAAGAGACUUAAGGCCACUGAGAUAACUUCCUAAGUUAUUUUCUAUGAUAGAAGGUAACGUGAUGUGCUUCACUUGAAAAAUAUUGUACACAUAGAGCUCAUUAAAUGGUAACAUUCUGUUGCUUUUGAAAUAUGAAAUAUGAAAAUUGUGUUGUUUGCUGCUUUGAUGAUUUUAAACAUGACUUUUCUUUCUCUGGAACUGACCUUAAAGUUAAAGGCAGCAUGUAGAGUAAGUGUAACGCAUGUUUUGAAAGUGUUACUGUCCUCUUAUACCCCUACCCCGGUCACAUCACUAGACCUAAUCACAUUCAGUAAUGAGUCAUUUCAUUAUCUAUUUCCAAGAGAUAUUAUCAAUGUUAGCUGAUCAAAACUCCUCUGGAUGUCAUUGGAUAGACCUACAACCAAUCAGAAUUGUCUGGUUUCCAGGCCCCAUCUUUUUUGAUGCAUUUCUAUGUGUUUUGUGUUUUAAAUCACCAUCAACCGUCAGAGCGUGGAACAACAUCAAGCUGAGGAACAUCAUUUAGUUUGAAUGGUGCAGACGUUUUAAAAGACCUGAAUACCAUGUGGUUCCAAGAUGAUCCCAAGUGAAUAAUAUAAUGCUCAUUGUGUGGAAGAAUGGCAACAUCUGUUUCUGCCAUGACCCCAAAAGUGGCAUGGACAGAGAACACAUUUACUUCAAUUAAUUUGAAGGACUUGUGGUAUUGUCAGGAUUCUACGACUACUUUAUUUAUUAUUUCAAGCCUACAUAUCAACCUUAUGUACCUUAAUUUAUUCUUCAGGAAGUUAUUUGGGUAUUUACUUUCUAAGGAAAGAAUUUACUAAGUGCAUUUAAAUACAAAAAUACAAAUUUGAUUGGACCGUAACGUUCUAAUUCUGAUAAUACAAUGAGUAAUUUUGGGAUGUUCGUGAAUGGGUAAAGUAAACUGUGUUUUUGCAUCACCACACAAUUGCAGUUCCACCCUCUGCAACCAACAGGAAAGCAAAAUGUGUUACCACCAGGCUUGUGAGUGAGUAAACCAUGUGUUUUCAUGAGUGUUGUUGUUACAGGAGAUGAUGAACAUAAGUUGAAUUUGAAGUCAACAUCAGCUUUCAAUUUGAAUAUUUAUGCAAAGAUUACAAGCACCCACACAUCACAAACAUUUAACUUUAACCAAAUUCAUACCAAUUGUACCGUUUUAUGUUAAAUGCAAGGUUUUUUAUUGCCG